GUCCCCUCAUGACGCGAACCAGGCCGGGCCUAUCAAAGUGGGGGUAAGCAACCAUGUGCAAUGCAUAAAGGAUAAACAAGCGGAAUGAAAUUGGAGUUGGGGUAAGAGGGCAGAAGGAGAAAAAAAAAAAACUCAAUCAAAAUAAACAAAACCAUGCGGUUGUUUAUUUGGCUUCCCGCGUGCUAAAUGUGGGUUAGUACAGCAUGCAAGAUGUCGAAUUGACGGCACAGGGGGCUUCAGUCGAAUGGUGAUUAAUUCGCUUGGUAUGGUCAUGGCUUAGACGGACGGCCUGACAAUGCAUGGCUGGCUGCUUGUCUGUUAUUUCGUAACUUGGGUGGUUGUUUGAAUGAACUUGGACCUACCUCGACAAAGCUUCACGACCUUUUUUUCGCAAGGAGAUUCUUCUCAACUCUUGUUCUUUUUGACCAUCAGCGCUGUUGCACUCGUAUCGAUCGGCACCUAAUCCAGCCAAGUUACAGCGGUCAAGUUCGUUUCCAAAAAAGCCCCGAGAUUAACCAGGUUAAAGGUAGCCAACUGAAUCACACCCAAACUUGCCUGACUGUGUGCAAAACCGACCGCCAAACAAACCGCCGCGGGUUGGGGCAAACAACCGGGCCAUGUCACCUGCAGCCAGUCAAAACUUUGCAUCCGACAGCUGCAAAACAAUAUGCAUCAACCUCUCAACACUCAUUCCACAACCAAAUCCGGAACGCGCCCGUCUUCGAGAUUAUCCAGUGUGAGAAAGCCAGGAAUCAAACCCGUCGACGAGAACGUCAAUCCUGUCAAGCGAAAGCCAUCGCUACUUGAAUUGACUGCCAAGGCCAGUGACCCGACCGCCACACCGCCUGGGCCAAUCGCCAACAAUAGGAGACUCGACAGCAACAACAACAACAACAACAAGAGCACCACAACAACAUCCACCAUCAAUACGAGACCCCGAUUAGCCACGAGUCGAACCUCCACAAACACAUCAACAACAACGAACGCCACUCCCUCAAGACCCGUCAUUCGCUCCAGCAACUCGCUGCCAGCAAAGCCAUCUCGUAAUCCUCUGCAGCCCAGAGAUCGAAAUGUUGCGCCGCCGCCUGUAGCUGUCGCUGCUUCGCGUACUUCUGCACUGGCGGCAGCAGCCCAGCAACCACGACUUUCUCCUAGGCUCGCCUCUUCGGCCAAGAUGCCGCCGGCCAACAACCAGCGGCAACCACAAAUGCCCACGCUGGCAAAGCCGGCACCAAGGGCUCCUUUAACCCCCAAAAUCGCGGGCGCCAAACCUCCGACCAGCACUCCUCAACCCCAACAGCAACGUUCCAUGGCUGCAUAUUCUACUCCUCUGCCGAGGCGAACUGCGGCAAGCAGACCAGAAUCAUCGCUGGGCGUCUCGGAGCUCCCCAGGGACGAUACCGUAUCGCCGGCUUCGGGAUUAGUCGGUUAUACAAACGUCACGCCUCGAUCCGGCCCGAGGCAAUCUCGAGUCGACAGCACCAACUCGACUCCCACUGGUACUCCGCAAUCAGAACAGCAAGACCCAUCGUGGGAUCCAAGGUCGAGCUUCACAGACAGCAGUGGUCCUAGGAGGCCUGUAGUGUCAUUCAGUCCGGCACCUUCAGAUAUUGGACGGCCAACUAUUGCCCGACCAAGCGCGUCUGACUCCAAGUUUUUCUACGCCAGCAGCGUCAAAGCUCCAGCCGGGAGCCAAAUACAACCACCACCUUCAGCACCACCACUUGCAAGGGCACCUCAACCAUUGCAGAAGGCAUCAACCUUUUGCUAUGCAAAUGGCGACACUCUGCCUCCUAAGCCCUCCCCCGGGCCACCACUCGUAUCCCCACAGUCUGCUACAUUCGGCUCUAAUUUAGGGCUGGCUUCCGAUGCCGGAAUCUCAAGCAAAUUUAUGUAUGCCAAUGGUGUACCGGAUGUUGCACCAACGGCACCUAAGCCUGGAUUUGUCUCUGUGUCGCGGCCAGGAUCUUCAAUGUCAUCUACCUCACGAAUCCCUGGACGCCCUCCCAGUGUUGUAGCAGCGCCGCCCUCUGCCAUCGGAUAUGGUGCGCAGCGACCUAUAUCACCUCUGAAGCAGCCUUUUUAUCCCGCACCCAAGGCUCCAGUCAUGUCUCAACCACCUACCAGUCACCCAACUCCACCUGUGAACGGUUAUUCUAUGCCACAAAGUUUAGUAGCGAUGCGGCCAAGUCAUGAGACCUCACCCGUCAUUCCAAGUAGUAGCGGCUUUUUCGUCCCAGGACAUGCUCGCAACCGUUCGUUGACGGCAAUGUCGGAUGCGGCUAGCCGUGGGCUUACUCCUCGUUCCCCAUCAGAGACAUCGUCAGGUUCACUCACCGGGCUUGGUGUGGCUGGCCCGGCUAUGGGUUUUGCAAGCCUUUUACAGGCCGCGGAUGAUUUUAUUGAGGAGACAGAGGCUGAGAGCGAGGAUGAUAUCGACCCAGACGAGUCACUCGAUAGUAUAAACAGCACUCAGGCGAAGGAGAAGGAUGCCGUGGACGAACUUGUUAGCAACGCUCGCCGCGAGCGCAAGGUGCAAGAUCUCGAAAUCACAAACGCCAGCCUCGAGGCUAUCAACCGUACACUUGAGCGUCAACUGCGGAAACAGACUGCAGAAUUGCGGCGUUAUCGGAGGCUAUCUCGUUCCGGACGCCUCUCAAUUGCCUCGGUGGGCAAGAGGAUAGCUUCGGAUUCAACAGUUGAAGGCCCGUUGCUUGACCCCUCCAGUCUUGGCUUGGAGGACCUGAGCGAAGAGGGUGAAGGAGAUGACUAUCAAGACGAUCCAGACGCCAACGAAUCUCCCGACGACUUUUCUGACUCUGAAUAUGGGUCCGCAUCAGGCUCUAGCCAGAUGAGCCCCAGCACCAUGGAAACACGCGACGCAAGACAUCGCAGACGAGACGAGAAGCGAUUGCAACUAGACCUGUCCAAGCACCAACAGCUCCUCAUCGACAGCCAGAAGAUCAACCAGAGCCUUAAGCGUUGUCUAGGCUGGACAGAAGAGCUGAUCAAGGAGGGUCGCCGCGCACUCGAGUACCAGGUACGCGUGAGCGAGGUCGAGAUUGGUGGGCGGGUACUGGUGCGUAACGACGAAGAGGAUGAUGACGGCGAUGGAAUGCCCUCAGCUGUCGUUGUCGACUUUGGGCACGAGGACGACACCCUCACCAAUCUCUCAUUCAAUGCCAAGGGCCCGCAGGACCGUGAUAGUGGCAUAGACCUUCCGCCCGAUGGCGGAUAACCGCAAUAUUCUCCAUCAGUCGCACUCCUUGGCUCGCCUCGAAGCGAGUCCUGUAAAAACAACUGGAACAGAACAACAGCAAAAUUGAACAAGCAAUAUUAAUCACAACGACGCUCGACGUCACAACACAUCACCACUCUGCGGUACCUUUCCUUCACUGUACAAAUUCGCACACGACUGGUUGGUUAGCUGGGGGGAAAAUUCAUCCCUAGCGAAUAACUCGUCUUGCUUUCCGACCAGAGUCGACUGCGGUCGACAUAUCUUGCAUACGGGACAGGCGUUUAUUUGGUUUUCUUUGUUAUUUAAUUCAAAAUCAUAGCGGGCGGUUUUGUGCAUUGUCAGGACUGGGAAGACGCGACAUGAUAGCGCGUUCAGUGAGUUCUCUAUGCGGUUUUCUUGUCGCCUUGCAAUCACGGGGAUCACCUUCUCUAUCUCUCGGCGCAUUCAUAUUAGUCUCACCAGAGCCGAAUGCUGAGAUCCCUUGUCUAUACCAAACAAAACUCUCCUUUGUAAUCUAUCAUCAACUAUUACAGUCAUCAAGGAAAGCGAACAUGUCAUGCCAUGAUGCUGUUUUGGCUUUCUCAUUUUAUUUGUACUUUUAGAUACCCAAGAAGAUAUUCAACAUCGUGAAAAGAUGUGAAGGUGACCAAUAUGAGGCAGAAAUGUCAGAGGAAUUCAAGGUUGCAACUUCGGAAUCGAGAAUGUGGUAGUGGAAUGAUGGAUAAC